AUGGACCUGAGGGAUUUUUACCUGUUGGCCGCGUUGAUUGCCUGUUUAAGGCUGGAUUCUGCUAUAGCUCAAGAACUUAUUUACACUAUUAGAGAGGAACUGCCUGAAAACGUACCCAUAGGGAACAUACCAAAGGACCUGAACAUUUCUCACAUCAAUGCUGCCACGGGGACCAGUGCCAGCCUUGUCUACAGACUGGUGUCUAAAGCAGGGGAUGCUCCUCUGGUCAAAGUGUCCAGUAACACGGGGGAAAUCUUUACGACAUCUAACAGGAUAGACAGAGAAAAACUCUGUGCUGGAGCUUCCUAUGCAGAAGAAAACGAGUGUUUCUUUGAACUUGAAGUGGUGAUUCUUCCCAAUGACUUUUUUAGGCUGAUCAAAAUAAAAAUCAUUGUAAAGGAUACUAAUGACAAUGCACCUAUGUUUCCAUCCCCUGUCAUUAAUAUCUCCAUCCCAGAAAACACUCUGAUCAACAGUCGCUUUCCAAUCCCAUCAGCAACAGAUCCUGACACAGGUUUCAACGGGGUGCAGCACUACGAGCUGUUAAAUGGGCAGAGUGUCUUUGGACUGGAUAUUGUAGAAACUCCAGAAGGGGAGAAAUGGCCUCAACUGAUUGUGCAGCAGAACUUGGACAGAGAGCAAAAGGACACCUACGUGAUGAAAAUCAAAGUGGAGGAUGGAGGUACCCCUCAGAAAUCCAGCACAGCCAUCCUGCAAGUCACAGUAAGUGAUGUCAAUGAUAACAGACCAGUGUUUAAAGAGAGUCAAGUAGAGGUUCAUAUACCAGAGAAUGCCCCCGUAGGCACUUCUGUAAUUCAGCUCCAUGCUACAGAUGCAGAUAUAGGAAGCAAUGCAGAAAUCAGAUACAUUUUUGGUGCCCAAGUCGCCCCUGCAACCAAAAGAUUUUUUGCUUUAAACAACACCACAGGACUGAUUACAGUUCAGAGGUCCUUAGAUCGAGAAGAGACUGCUAUUCACAAAGUGACAGUGCUGGCUAGUGAUGGUAGCUCUACACCGGCCCGGGCAACCGUUACCAUCAAUGUCACUGACGUAAAUGAUAACCCUCCUAACAUAGACCUCAGGUACAUAAUAAGUCCCAUCAAUGGCACAGUGUACUUAUCUGAGAAAGAUCCCAUCAAUACAAAGAUUGCCCUAAUUACGGUUUCAGAUAAGGACACUGAUGUGAAUGGCAAAGUGAUCUGUUUCAUUGAGAGAGAGGUCCCUUUCCACUUGAAGGCGGUUUACGACAACCAGUAUUUGUUAGAGACCUCUUCCUUGUUGGACUAUGAGGGCACCAAAGAAUUCAGCUUUAAAAUUGUUGCUUCUGAUUCUGGCAAGCCCAGUUUGAACCAGACUGCCCUGGUAAGAGUUAAACUGGAGGAUGAAAAUGACAACCCUCCGAUUUUCAGCCAGCCUGUAAUUGAGCUGUCAGUUUCUGAAAACAACCGGCGUGGUCUAUACUUAACAACUAUUAGUGCCACAGAUGAAGACAGUGGGAAAAAUGCAGACAUUGUUUAUCAGCUUGGCCCUAAUGCCUCCUUUUUCGAUCUGGAUCGAAAGACAGGAGUUUUGACAGCCUCCCGAGUUUUCGACAGAGAAGAACAGGAACGUUUCAUUUUCACUGUUACAGCCCGAGACAAUGGCACUCCUCCUUUGCAGAGUCAAGCAGCUGUAAUUGUUACUGUCUUGGAUGAAAAUGACAACAGUCCUAAAUUUACUCAUAACCACUUCCAGUUUUUUGUAUCUGAGAACUUACCAAAGUACAGCACGGUGGGGGUGAUCACAGUGACUGAUGCAGAUGCUGGGGAGAAUAAAGCAGUGACCCUUUCCAUCCUGAAUGACAAUGAAAACUUUGUGCUGGAUCCGUACUCUGGAGUUAUAAAGUCCAACGUUUCUUUUGAUCGGGAACAGCAGAGCUCCUACACCUUCGAUGUUAAGGCAGUGGAUGGAGGGCAACCUCCUCGCUCUUCUACAGCGAAAGUAACCAUAAAUGUCAUGGAUGUUAACGAUAACAGCCCUGUUGUCAUCUACCCACCUUCUAAUACUUCUUUUAAGCUAGUGCCACUCUCAGCAAUUCCAGGAUCGGUGGUAGCUGAAGUCUUUGCUGUGGAUAUAGACACUGGAAUGAAUGCUGAGCUUAAGUACACAAUCGUAAGUGGAAAUAACAAGGGUUUGUUUCGGAUUGAUCCAGUGACAGGUAAUAUCACUCUGGAAGAGAAACCGACCCCUAACGAUGUGGGGCUGCAUCGCUUAGUUGUCAACAUAAGUGAUUUGGGUUAUCCCAAAUCCCUGCAUACUCUUGUGCUUGUAUUUUUGUAUGUAAAUGAUACUGCUGGAAAUACUUCUUAUAUUUAUGACUUGAUACGCAGGACUAUGGAAACACCUCUGGACCGGACCAUAGGGGACAGUAGCCAACCCUACCAAAAUGAAGACUAUCUGACAAUCAUGAUCGCCAUUGUGGCAGGUGCCAUGGUUGUCAUAGUAGUGAUAUUUGUCACGGUUCUCGUUCGCUGUCGACACGCAUCCAGAUUCAAAGCUGCCCAGAGGAGCAAGCAAGGUGCUGAGUGGAUGUCUCCCAAUCAAGAGAACAAGCAAAACAAGAAAAAGAAAAGGAAGAAAAGGAAAUCUCCGAAGAGCUCACUUUUGAACUUUGUGACCAUUGAGGAGUCCAAACCUGAUGAUGCAGUUCAUGAACCUAUCAACGGGACAAUAAGCCUUCCAGCAGAGCUGGAGGAGCAAAGUAUAGGAAGAUUUGAUUGGGGCACAGCACCACCAACAACCUUUAAGCCUAACAGUCCUGAUCUUGCCAAGCAUUACAAAUCUGCCUCUCCACAGUCUGCUUUUCAUCUUAAACCUGACACUCCAGUUUCAGUGAAAAAGCACCACGUGAUUCAGGAACUCCCAUUGGACAACACCUUUGUUGGUGGUUGUGACACCCUUUCCAAACGCUCUUCCACUAGUUCAGAUCACUUCAGUGCCUCAGAGUGCAGUUCCCAAGGAGGUUUCAAGACAAAGGGCCCCUUACACACCAGACAGGCACUGAAUUUGGGAGAUAUGCCAAAGUACUUGUGGGAGAUUUGGGUACCUGACAAACCAUGGGUGUCCCAGCGCCGUGUUACAUUUCACCUCCCUGAUGGCUCCCAGGAAAGCUGCAGUGACAGUGGUCUGGGAGACCACGAGCCAGUGGGUGGUGGAACCCUGAUCUCACACCCUCUCCCUCUGGUUCAGCCGCAGGACGAAUUCUACGACCAGGCUUCACCGGACAAGAGGACUGAAGCUGAUGGCAACUCCGACCCCAACUCGGACGGGCCUCUUGGGCCACGGGGAUUAGCUGAAGCUACAGAGAUGUGUACUCAAGAAUGCCUGGUUUUGGGUCACUCAGACAACUGUUGGAUGCCUCCCAGCUUGGGCCCAUACCAACAGCCAAAGUCUCCUCUCUCCACCUUUGCACCUCAGAAAGAAUGGGUUAAGAAGGACAAGCUAGUUAAUGGACACACAUUGACCAGGACCUGGAAAGAAGAUAGCAACAGAAACCAGUUCAGUGACCGAAAGCAGUAUGGGUCCAGUGAGGGUCAUUUCAACACUGGCAACCACAUGACUGACAUUCCUCUGGCCAACUUGAAGUCUUAUAAACAGGCCUCAGGAGCUGUUGAGAGUCCAAAGGAGCAUCAGCUAUAA